GUCUAGAUGGAUAAAUCUUGGGUGUAUCUUUCAAGGUUUUUUUUCUCAAACACAAUAACUUUUAAGCUUUUAUAUGGUCAUUUUAUUGGAAUAAUAAAUUUUGAUGUAAAAUUAUCAGAGUGUCGAAGGAUUAUCUAGAUGGAGCACGCAAAUUUGUAGAUAUAGCUAAGGCGAAUGUAGGGAAUCAAGAAAUGAUCAUUUGCCCUUGUAGAAAUUGUCGAAAUCUAUCUCACCAAUUUUGCGAGAUUGUGUACGAGCACUUGGUCAUGGAAGGGAUGGAUCCUAAAUAUGCUUCUUGGUUCCUUCACGAGGAACAACUAAUUGCAUCGUCACAUCAAGAAGAUGUUGAAAUUUCAGAUACAUAUAAGAUGUUCAGAGACGUGCAUGUAAAAGAUGAUGAUUUUGGAGAGUCCAUAAGUAAAAGUAAAGAAAGAGAGAAUUAACACAAUCAUUAGAAGAUGUUGAAACUCCUUUAUAUCUAGGGUGUACAAAGUACACUAAAUUCUCAGCAAUUGUUGCUUUAUACAAGCAUAAAGCUGCACAUGAUCAUUCUGAUGAAAGCUUUGAUGAACUUCUUCGAAUAGUGUCUGAUAUGCUACCAGAAGAUAACACGCUUGUCAAAUCUGUAUAUUCAGCAAAAAAGAUGCCCAAAGCCUUUGAUCUAGGAUAUAAGAAAAUCCAUGCUUGUGUGAAUGAUUGCUGUUUGUUUAGAAAAGAUUUAAACCCUAAGGAGACAUGUUCGAAAUGCAACUGUUCACGUUGGAAAGUAGAUAAACGCACUAAGAAGAUUAAAAAGGGGGUUCCUGCGAAGGUGUUGCGAUAUUUUUCAAUAAUACCAAGAUUUAAAAGGAUGUUCAAGUCACAAGAGAGGGCAGACAACCAGUUGACUCAUUGGCAUGGGAAUCAAUUGAUCGAAAGUGACCUUCUUUUGCAUCAGAUCUACGAAAUCUUAGACUUGGUCUUUCAGCAGAUAGGUUUAAUCCUUUUGCCAAUCUUAGCUCAAAGUAUAGUUGCUGGCCAGUGAUGUUAGUUACAUAUAACCUCCCCCAUGGUUAUGCAGGGCAAAGGAAAAUAUCAUGUUGACAUUACUAAUUCCAGGGCCAAAGUAACCAGGCAACAACAUAGAUGUUUAUCUAGAGCCGCUUGUAGAAGACCUGUUGCUUGUUCAAUAUGUAGCACUGACAUAUGUUCACAAUGGUUGAGUAAUAGUAAAAAGACUGUGUACAUGGGCCACAGGCGAUUUCUUGCACCCGACCAUCCAUUUCGGAUGAAAAGAAGUUGGUUUGAUGGAAAGCAAGAACUUCGAGGGAAGCCUAAACCAUUAAAUGGAUCUGAUGUUUUCGGUGUAGUUAAAGACAUUGAAAAUAAUUCGGGAAAAGCAACAAAGGAGAGAAAAAGGAAAAAGUCCCAGAUCAGCAAAGAAAAAGAGCCAGUUUGCAUUCAACCAUAGAAGAAGAAGUCCAUAUUUUUCAAUUUACCAUAUUUGGAUGCAUUACUUUUGUGUCAUAACUUGGAUGUAAUGCACAUUGAGGAAAACGUUUGCGAAAGUAUCAUUGGCGCACUAUUGAAUGUGAAGGGGAAAUCAAAGGAUGGCCUUAAAGCUCAUAAAGAUUUGGAAGAAAUGGGCAUUAGACACAAAUUGCCUGCGGAGGACAGGGGGACUCAUUUUUAUUUUCCACCGGCAUCACAUACACUUCAAAAGUCGAGAAGCAGAUCUUUUGUUCUAGGUUACGUGAUUUAAAGUUGCCUGAUGAUUAUAGCUCCAAUAUUACUAAUUGUGUUUUAUUAGAAGAAUGCAAGCUGAUAGGCCUCAAGUCACAUGAUUGUCACGUCUUGAUGCAACAGUUGUUGUCAGUAGUAUUGAGAGGACUUUUACCAGAGGGACCAAGGAAUGCAAUAUUCUGAUUGUGUACUUUUUUCAAUCAAAUAUGUGAGAGUGAUUGAUAGGAAUAAAUUAGAACUACUCGAAGAAGAUGUUGCUGAGACUUUAUGUAUGUUGGAAAGGUUCUUCCCUCCAUUUUUUGACAUUAUGGUUCACUUGACAAUCCAUCUAGGAUGAGAAGCUCACAUAUGUGGGCCGGUGCAAUUUCGUUGGAUGUACUCAUUUGAAAGAUAUAUGAAGAUACUUAAGGGAUAUGUUAGGAAUCGUGCAAGACCUAAGGGAUGCAUAGCGGAAUGCUAUAUAGCUGAAGAGUGCAUGCAGUUUUGUAGUGGGUACAUGAAGCAAGCAGCUGAAAUAGGUGCUCGACAUAACCGCAAUAAAGAAUUUGAAAAUGAAACAAUACUAGAAGGACGUCCGAUUACUUUGGGGAAUUCAAUCAUGAUACCUGAUGAUAUGUUACAAAUUGCUCAUUGUUGUGUGUUGAUAAACAGUUCUGAAGUCCAACCAUAUUUAGAAAUGCACGCGGAGGAGCUUAAGCUUUUGGACAGACAUUUCUUAAGGGAUGCCGCGCUACUACAUUCAAGACAAAUGGACACUUUUUCUCAGUGGUUGAGAGCAAAGAUUGAAUCAUGUGGUAAUGAGGUUUUAGAUACAUUGAAAUGGCUUGCAGUUGGCCCAAGAAAGCAUGCAACGUCUUAUUUGGGCUAUAUCAUUAAUGGGCAUCGCUUUCAUACAAGUGAUGUUCAAAGGUCCACACAAAAUAGUGGUGUUUCCAUUGAAGCAGAAACUAUUUAUCGAUCUAGUAAGAAAGACAUUGCACAAGUUAUUGAAAAAAUCUAUUUCUAUGGGGCUAUCAGAGACAUAAUUUUGUUGGAUUACUACAAAUUUCAAGUUCCUCUAUUUAAAUGUGACUGGGCAACUACUGGAAACGGUGUCAAAGUUGAAGAUGGAUUUACAUUGGUCAACAUCCAACAAGGACGAAAUCCAUUUGAGAGAGAUCCAUUCAUUCUAGCAUCACAUGCAAAACAAGUGUUCUAUUUGAGGGAUAGUGAUACAUCUAGUUGGGAAGUUGUACUUAAAGAACCUUCAAGAGGCUUUCAUGAUUUGGAUAUGUAUGAUGAAGAUGCCUAUAUGCCAUCUGCACCUUUAGAUGCAUCUAGACUUGAUGCAAAUACUAAUGAUGAAGAUGAGCACUACGUGAGGAUGGAUUGUGAGGGUGUGGAAGUGUUGCAUGAUUAAAGAGAAGUAGGAACAUUUGGUUUUCAUAUAACCGAAUGCUUAUUGGGCUUGACUUGACUAGUUCUCCUUGUCAUUUUUUAUUUUAUUUUUUCCUUUCUAUAUACAUUGCUGAAGUCUAAAUUUUUCUUUGUAUCAGUUGGUAGACAGUCCACUGAACUUUAAUUGUUUGCUGGUACUACUACCCAGCUGUAUAGCUGCUCUUAGUGACCUGUGGAUGGAUUGUCUUGUGCUUAUCAUUAGUGACAUGUGGAUGUAUAAAGUUUUUCAUUGAUUUGAUAUUUUUGUUGAAAAGUUACCUAUUGUGUUCUAAUUUCUUGUUUGGUUGCAAUGACCCACAUUAGACCUUUGCCCUACAUGAACAACGCUAUUGCAUGGGGUAAUUGCUUAUAAUGGUAAUUUGUUGUUUUUUAUUUUUAUUUUUUUAUUACCGAGUUUAUUAGAGAAAUGCUAAUUGUAUUUUAUAUUAGAGAAGUACUGUAUACAGUUGCAUAUUUUAGUUCCUAUUUACCGGACUGGUGUCUUAGUAACUGCCCUGCAACUUGCACUGGUGGUCUAUCACCUGUGUGAUUUUUUAUUUAUUUUUUGUUUUUCAGUUGCUCUUUACUUAACAAUGAAAGUUUAUUAUUAUGCUUGCCAAAAAAUCUGAUUUCCCUUUGUUUUGUUGAUCUGAUUGUUAUUGUGAAUGCCUAUUUUCUUAUUAACAGUUGAAUCUUGAAAUUGUUAACUAGCAAGAUGAGUGGAGAGGUACUUUAUUUCUCAUUUAACAUAAAAUUGAAUUUAUAACCAAUUAUUGUCCACAUUAUUUCUUAUUUUUCCUUGUGUAUUGCACAUAGUUCAAAAAAAGCCGAGAAAAUAAUUAGGAAGGAGCGUGAAGCUAUAAUUGCUGCGACAACGGAUAAAAGAAGAAAUGCAUCCUUCAGAAUUUCAGAUGAGUGUUUUUCUUCUCCAUAUGUUGAAUCACAUGAUAUGGAAGGAGUUGUAGACUCCACUCAAGUACCAAAGAAGAAAACUAGGAGGGCAUCAAAGCUAAAGAUGCAUGACAAAGAAAAACAAAAGUGUGAUGAAAUGGACUUCAAUGAAAGGAAUCAGCCUGUGGGACCUGAGUCAGUUAAACUAUCGACUUUAGAAGGGAUCUUGGCACGAGAGAUGGUGCCAAUAACCACAAAGAGAUGGCCUGAUAUUCCAUAAGAGGUUAAAGACAAGCUAUGGGCUUGUGUGAAGGUAACAUGAGAGGGUAAUUUAUAUGAAAAUUGGGCUGAGCUGGGUGAUGGGCCGGCCCAAGAGAGGUGUAAAGUUACUCCGGCCCAAGAGAGGUGUAAAGUUACUCCGGUCCCAAGGAGGUUAGCUCGGUCACCAUACUAAAACUUAUACCGGUUAUAACGCAGUAUGGUUAGCUUGGUCUAAACCAUGCUAAAAGUUAGCUCGGUUUAGACUUACCACAGUUUGUACAAGAGGAACUGAGGUAAGGGCAGUAAAAGGGCGAGCCGAACUAAGGAUAGUUCAGUCUGUUCUACGGCUAAGCAUAGCCAUGCGUACCUCGGCCACAUUGGAGUCCAACCAUGGUAAAACCAUCUUACUUGGUUUAAACAGUGAGGGGGGUGUUGAAGGAUAGGCAUUAUCUU